CAACAACAACCAUCAGCAAUAUGGGUUCUCCUAAGCUCAUUUUCGGCGCUGCCUCGUUUGGCAUGAGUUUCGUCAGCCUUGAAGACGUGCAGGAAGUCCUGGACUGUCUCAAAGAGAACAAUAUCACCCACCUCGACACCGCCGGCAGAUACCCGCCCACCUCGCCUGGGCGCUCGGAAGAACUGCUGGGAGAGACCAAAGCUGCGGCCCAGGGCUUCACGAUCGACACCAAGAUCCUCACACUGUCCCCGGACCAUCAGGGCGAGUUGGAAAGAGCUGCGAUCGAAAAGUCCAUCAACACCAGUUUGCAGCGUAUGGGUGUCGACCAGGUCAACACUCUCCAUAUCCACUUUCCAGACCUAGCCACUCCGUUGAAAGAACAGGCAGAGACGUUUAACGAUCUGCACAAGGCUGGAAAAUUCAAAAAUCUCGGCGUCUCGAAUUUCCAACCCGAGUUGCUGCAGGAGUUCAUCGACAUCUGCGAGGCCAACGGCUUUAUCAAGCCCACGGUCUACCAGGGCGACUACAGUGCCGUCAACCGGGGCAUGGAAAAGAAGCUCCUCCCGAUCCUGAAGAAACACGGCAUCGCCUACAACGCAUUCCGAGUCCUAGCCUCCGGCUUUUUGUCCGGCAAGCUCACGAAUGGCAACGCCGAAGGAACCCGCUUUGACACCGAUAGUCCCAUCGGCAAGUUAAUGCAGAGUCUUUACAAUCAGAAACCACUGCAUGAUGCGCUCAAGCAGCUGGAGGAAACGACGCGCGCUCUUGACAUCACGACGAUUGAUGCUGCGAUGCGGUGGGCGUACUAUCAUUCCUCACUCGGUUCGAAUGACGGAAUCAUCCUUGGGGCCAGUUCGAUCAAGCAGAUUAAGUCAAAUGUUCAGAGUAUCCGCCAGGGUCCUUUGCCGCAGGAGUGUCUGGAUACGUUUGAGCGCAUCUGGGAGACGCUGGAGCCGGUGAGGGGAGAUAUUAUCUGAGAGGGGAGAUUUCUGUAGAGGAAGAGAACACUGGACUCACAUUUAAGUACGCAUAGCAAGAGUAUGAAUAUCAGACUUUGAUCCAUCUUACGAAAAGUUCGGCAUAAUCAGAC